UGGAGAUCCUGGUCCCCCUGGUUUAAUAGGAAGCCCAGGACUAAAGGGUCAGCAAGGACCUGCAGGCUCUGUGGGACCCAGAGGACCACCAGGAGAUAUUGGAUUGCCAGGAGAACACGGCAUCCCAGGAAAACAAGGCAUUAAAGGAGAAAAGGGAGAUCCAGGUGGGAUUAUAGGCCCUCCUGGGCUUCCAGGUCCAAAAGGAGAGGCUGGUCCUCCAGGGAAAAGCCUGCCAGGAGAACCAGGGUUAGAUGGAAAACCUGGAGCACUUGGCCCCCGUGGGCCAAAGGGUGAAAGGGGACUGCCAGGUGUCCAUGGCUCCCCAGGUGACAUAGGCCCACCAGGGGUAGGAAUUCCUGGCCGAACAGGCUCCCAAGGACCAACUGGAGAGCCAGGUAUUCAGGGUCCUAGAGGUCUCCCUGGAUUGCCAGGAACUCCAGGGAAUGAUGGAGCUCCAGGGAGGGAUGGAAAGCCAGGUUUGCCAGGCCCCCCAGGUGACCCGAUUGCACUUCCUCUCUUGGGAGACAUCGGCGUUUUGCUCAAGAACUUUUGUGGCAACUGCCAAACCAGUGUCCCUGGGCUGAAAAGCCACAACGGAGAAGAAGGGGGCGCUGGUGAGCCCGGAAAGUAUGAUUCUGUAGCUCGGAAGGGUGACUUAGGGCCACGGGGUCCUCCAGGAAUUCCAGGCAGAGAGGGACCAAAGGGAAGCAAAGGAGAGCGGGGCUACCCUGGGAUACCUGGGGAGAAAGGCGACGAGGGUCUUCAAGGAAUUCCAGGCAUUCCAGGUGCUCCAGGCCCUACUGGACCCCCUGGCUUGCUGGGAAGAGCUGGACAUCCUGGUCCCUCGGGAGCAAAGGGUGACAAGGGCAGUGAGGGACCUCCUGGGAGACCUGGACCACCUGGACCACCUGGUGUGCCAUUCACCGAAGGAAAUGGAAUGAGCAGUUUAUAUAAAAUCCAGGGAGGUGUGACUGUUCCCAGUUAUCCAGGGCCCCCCGGCCCCCCUGGCCCAAAAGGUGAUCCUGGCCCAGUGGGAGAACCUGGUGCCAUGGGUUUGCCAGGACUGGAAGGAUUCCCAGGUAUAAAGGGAGAUCGAGGCCCAGCAGGUCCCCCAGGAAUAGCUGGCAUGCUGGGGAAACCUGGAGCCCCGGGGCCUCCAGGAGCUCCAGGGGAACCGGGUGAGAGAGGACCUGUUGGAGACAUCGGUUUCCCUGGACCGGAAGGACCCUUGGGAAAGCCAGGAAUAAAUGGAAAAGAUGGAUUACCUGGUGCUCAGGGUAUCGUGGGUAAGCCUGGAGACAGAGGCCCCAAAGGAGAACGUGGUGACCAGGGAAUUCCAGGAGACAGAGGUCCACAAGGUGAACAGGGAAAACCAGGACUUCCAGGCACGAAGGGAGCCGUAGGUCCUAUGGGGCCACCAGGAAACAAGGGCUCUGUGGGAUCUCCUGGGCACCAAGGCCCUCCGGGCAAUCCAGGCAUCCCUGGCACUCCAGCUGAUGCAGUUUCAUUUGAAGAAAUAAAGAAGUAUAUUAAUCAAGAGGUUCUGAGGAUUUUUGAAGAGAGGAUGGCUGUGUUCCUAUCCCAAAUCAAGCUACCAGCAGCAAUGUUGGCUGCGCAAGCUCAUGGGAGGCCUGGCCCACCAGGGAAGGAUGGGUUACCUGGGCCACCAGGAGACCCUGGGCCCCAAGGCUACCGAGGACAGAAAGGAGAAAGAGGGGAACCUGGAAUUGGGCUUCCAGGGAGCCCGGGUCUUCCUGGGACUUCAGCUCCGGGUUUACCAGGCUCACCAGGUGCCCCAGGUCCCCAGGGACCCCCAGGACCUAGUGGAAGAUGUAACCCAGAAGAUUGCCUCUACCCUGUAUCUCAUGCCCGUCAGCGGACAGGUGGGAAGUAAACACACCUGAGGAAGACUUGAUUUUGGGUGAUAUCUUCUUGCUGUUGGAGCUAUCUCAAUACUGUCAAACCCUCAUGAUAUGUGGGUGGCUUCUUUUUUUUCUCUUUUUUUUUUUGGUGUAGGCAGACAUUAAAAGCAACAAUUUGAAUCCUUUCCUAUAGUAAUUGCGAUAUCAGCAUUUUUAGACUUUUUUUCCAAAUUCAUUCCAUAUGUUUGCUUCACCAUUACUGAUUUCAUUCAGGGUUUUCUAUGAAAUGCAUAAGCAAAUCAUAUCAUUAGUUCUUCUUUGAGAGAAAAUUACAUUUUAUGAUUUAGUAGACUAAUGGUGAGGUACGUUUUGUAGUCUCAUCAACUUGUAUUUGGCCUUUGACUUCUGAAUUUUAAAGUUUCAGCUUAUCUUGAGGUUUUCUUGGUGGUUACAUUUACUGUUAUUGCUAAAAUUUUCAUCAUUUUUGAUAUAGUGCAUUGCUCCUGCUGAAUAUUUUUUGACUACUUUUUAUAGCUUAAGAAUUCUUAUACCAUCCUACAUCCAUCCUACUUAUGCAGAGAAAUAGAUAGGCAAUAAGAGUUUCACUUUAUAACUUAUAUUUUGGAAAAAAAACAAACAAACAGGAGGCUGUUUUAUCAGGGAGCCCAAAAACUUGCCAUAGCCUACUACUGAAAUGAUUUUGUUAAUUCUGUGUCAUGAGCCCGAUUCAAAGCAGUCAUCACCGGCAUGAACUCGUACAGCGUGACGAGGCAGGACCGCAGCCCAGCUGUGCCCGAGUUCCACAAGAAAAGCCAGCUGUGGUCCCUUCGCUGAAUUUCUCCGCUGGGAAGCAGAAAGCUGUUUUCCCUAAGAGGUCUUUGGUGGUGAAGGCACCAAGCUGUCUUUGGUAUCAGCAAGACCUUUGGGCCCCUGGAUCCAUUAUCCUUCUGACCUCAUCACUCUCAGACUUUACGACAAGACCCAGCCAUCGGAACCGAGGACGACAUUGGUAGCGACUGGAAGAGAAGGCCCGUCCCUGGAAGAUGAAUGUGUGCUGUGGGCAGAUGCAGGUGGACGUGAAGCCCAGAAGCCCUUACGGAGAAGCACGUUUCUCCAGAAGCUCAGCAAGAGGCGCAGGGCAGCGAGGAAAAGCCGUGGGCCUGAAGAUGCAACCAGCACUCAGGCCAGAGUCAGCAUGGCCUUCGGGGCGACCACCGGGGCUGCAGAAGGCCGUGCCUGCCGCCAGGCAGUGAAAAGGGAGCGCCCACCAACCAGAUCCCUCACUGGGCUUUUAUUGCCUGACUAUACAUUAUUUUGAGAAACUGUGUGUUGAAAGCAGCUGAUCUUCUAGGACACCGGGCAUGAGGAGGUUGCUGAAAUCUCAGGAAUGGGUCCCACAGAUGCUGGGAGCAUGCCGCGGACGGCCCUCCUGUCGCAGAGGCCAGGAGGUCACACCUCUUCAAGGAACAGUGCCAGUUCCAACGUGGCCAAAGCAGGCUAGGAUGACUGCUUUCAUCUGUUCAUUAAAAAAUGAGUUUAGAAAGGCAACCCCCUGAAAUUGGAAAAGCUGUGAACAGAGUUGGUAGGGAGUGUGCCUACGUUAGGACAGGCUUUGUACAAACGCGCCCACGAGCUGAACGGGUUUUCCCUGUAGAUGAAUGAACUGCUGGUCAGGUACCGUCUACAUGGCUGUGCGUGCAUACAACCUUUUGAUUAUUUCAUAUGGAAUUACGUUGUAUAUUUCAGUUCCAAGUUUAUUUAUUUUACUUUCCGAGCUUAUUUUAUUUAUGUCAAGUGUUUUUAAACUUUAAAAUGAUUUUCUUCUUCAUUCUCUUUCUUGUGCAAUACCGACAAUGGUGCUGUGUUUUAAACUUAAACAAUUGGAAUAUACAUAUGCUUUUUUUAGUAAAAUGAUAAUUUAUCCCAAAAAUAUAUACAGAGAUCUAAAUCUGGUGCUAUGUGUAUAUCUUGAGCUUUUAAUUUGUUGAACUUUAAAUGUGUUGACUUUUCUGAAGGCUUACGACUCAUCUGAUGCCACUCAUUAAUUUACUUGAAUUUGUCAUAAAGCGAAACAUUUUAUGUUUUCAGAGAUUAUUUGUUCAUAUCAAUAGGUUGUUUAUCCAUAUGCCUCUUUGCUAAUCCAGAAGUAUUUAUUUUGGCAUCUUAAUGUUUUCGUGAACUCUUUUUGCUGAUGAUGAUCAGUGUAUUUUUCUGUUUUCUUUGGAUUGACCCUUUCAUCUACAUCAAAAGACUUGAUUCAUUUCUUUGUUUCAUAACUUCUGCUCAUUUAAAUUCCACAGACUAUGUCAUGCAUCCUUUCUUACAAAUUGCGUAUGUAGGAACCUUUCCCUUUUUUUCUAAAUUCCAUUAAUGCUGGGCUGGUUUAUUCCAGAAUUUGGAUUUAUUCAGAUGACUUAAGCUGGGAGGGGAGAAUAUAAUAAUGGUGUAUGAUGUGUGUUACCAAGUAGAGCUGUCACAAUGAUUCGAGCUCAUUUUUUAUAACCAACACACGUGACUAGAUAUACCUUUGGCAAAACCACAGAAAUGGGGCCGUGUCCCCGUGGACGAGCCUUUCUCAUGCCCCUGUUCUGCUUUUCUUCCCACACUUGUUCCUGCCUCGUCUCUGUGCACAUGGUACGCGAGGCUGGCUCCAGUAAUAUAAACACCACAUAAAGUGGAGAUUCGGCAUUUGCCUAAUUUUGUCCUUAAUCAAAAAGAAAGUGGGUAAUUUAGGACCUGAAGGAGGGUGGGAAAUUCUCUCCUGAAUAACUGGUGGUCGCCUGCUCUCGUAUCAUUGUAUCCCAUUCCACGACCCUUGCUCACUUUCACGUGGAUGUAACGCCCAUGGCAGGAAAGAGAAAUUAUCAAAUUUCCUGAUUGAUCUCGAUUGGACUCCAGACAAUAUAAGUGUUCAAAUACAAAAUAAUUACAGGCCAUGAGGGCAAUUAAUGAUUAAAAUCAUGUUUGCCCGAUAUACAUAUUUUGAAUUCCAGUCAAACCUUUUAUACUGAGAUAAAUUAAAAUUUCAGAUAGAAAUCUUUCUAUGCAAAAAAACAGGUGUGACGUCAACUAAUAUUUAUGGCCUUUGAAAUCUAAAGAAAAAAGGAAAAAUCAUUCAUGAGUUUGUUCAUUGCCCUUUCCUGCUGGAGACAUUAACCGUUUUUUCCUAAACGUAACAGAAACAUGGCCAGUCUUAACCUUUGAAAUUUUUCAUCUUGCGAUCAAAGUAAUUUAGUUAACGAUUUUAGUCCCAUAUGCUUAUUUCUAUAUUUCAUGACAUUGUUGAGGCUUUAAAAUUUUAGUCAGUCAUAUUAUGGAGCUUAAGUAAUUAUCUUAACAUGUGUUCUCUGUAAAAGUUGUCACUUGAUGUUUAGAUUAUAAAAUAAUAUUUAAGAGUAUGUUUUAGGAGUUAAGUAAGACUUAGCCUUUCUGCAGUCUCUCUCCUCUGUUGAGAACCUGUGAUAUACCUCCUUCUGUCCACAAGAUGGUGUUUAAAAGCAAUUUGUGUCAGAACUGAACAGACUUGCAGAAAUACAAGGGUAGAAACCAUUUAGUGGACGGCACUAAAUCAGACCUUUGCCUUUGCACUUUUUUUUUACUUUUGUAAAUAAUUUCUUGUUAAUUUAUGUUUUAUUAAUUUGUUUUGUUAAUUUAUAUUUUUUCUCAUUUUAAGUAUCUCUUUGAAGCAGACAGAAUAACCUUUGAUUUGUUAGCUCUUUCAAUUUUAUUUCUUCAGUGGAUUUAUAGACCUAGUUAACUUGCAAAUUUACUAUUUGUAACUUUUGUUUGUACACUGCCCUCGUAUUUUAGUGAUUAACAUGAAAACACCUAAGAAAUCAUCCUACUUUUUAUACAGGUUAUACACUCUGUUUUGACAGACAGGUAAAAAGCAUUUAGCUUAAUACAAGACAUUGACCAUUUAUAAAAUUACACACUGUCUAAAUCUUCAUAUUGCUUAAUGUACUUAACAUUUUACAAGUAGACUUGUGUAAUAUUUAUGUUUUUCUAGGACUAUAUCACUCUUCACAAAAAUAAGAUGAGGAACAGCAUUUUUCAAAAUACCAUUUUAAUUUUCCUAACAUUGGUAAUAAAAUCCUGAGACUGAGAAUCCUUCGGUUAAGUUAUAUGCUUAAGUUUCUCAAUGAAUUCUCAUAAAAGUUUUGCAGAUUUGCUCAUUGCUUUUGUUCUUAAAUUAUUUUUCACAUUUGUUCAUGUCCACCCUCUUAGACACAGUGUUUAUGUCCUGUUUGCCAGUGUUCUCUCUUAACACUGUAGUGUUGAGGAGCACACCCUCCUUUUACAUGAUUUCCUCUAGAGCCUGCACAGGCUUCCAAGAGAAGGAGAGGGAGAAAAGAAUUGAUUUUAUAUAUUUUAUGCCUAGGUAUUUCAAAGUGACUUAGCCUUUUGAAUUGUAUUUAUUUAUUAGUUGACUGAUAAAGGUAGCAUUAAUUACAUUAAAUGUGUUUAACUACUAGAAGUCUCAGGAAACAAGACAGAUGGAUGUCUUCAUUUUCAUUGGGUGGUGCACCCAAACAUUUUCUCAACGAGAUCAAGCCAGAGUAACUGGUCACUUUAGUUAAACUGAGUAAAGAACAAGAUAAACACAGAGAAAACUCAUUCAGACAAACAGACUCAGAACAGCAAAAAUUUACCUCAAAGAUAAAACCAAAGGCAGGCUUAUAAAACCCAAGCCAAGUCUAAGAAAAUCUAAGUGGAAAAAAAUGUUUCGUGUUCAGGUCUAAUAGAGAGUGUUAAAUGGUACAACUCAAGGAGUUAGCUACUCCACGAAUUUGUCAAAAGUGAGUACUACCAGGAAAGUAGGAGAUUUCACUAAACUUAUGGGGGUAGUUCAAUAAGAUUUAAGUUUGUCAACAGGGUGUUGUGUUGCUUGACUAUAAUAAGCUUAUGGGUGUAAAGAUGGUAAUUACUACUUUUUAUCUUGCUGUAUUAUUUAAAGUAUAUUUUAGGGAUAAAUACUUUUCAGUGUAUUACUGUAUUUAAGUUCAGAUUGUUUCAUGGCCUAUUUUAUAACUAUUUGUGCUAAAAGUAACAUUUUCCCAUUUUGUUUGUUCUCUCUCGUACCUCAUCAAACUAUUUAAGAUGCAGUUCAACACACUGGUGUUAAGUGGACUGGCACUAGUUUUACUCUGGGUCUCGCGUGGAUGUAAUGCUUUGAGGCCUUGAUUCCUAAAUAUACUCAUGAUGCAUAACGAGCGUGUCCCUUAUCUCAGCAAUAAAGAAUCUGACCCUAAA